CGCCCGCCCUCCGCAGCCCGCGGCCCGGCCGCCGCCGCCAGGUUGUGCCUGAGACUGUCAGAUAAAGCGGCGGGCCGGCGGGAGGGGCGGAGGCGAGCACGGCCCGGGCCGGACAUGGCGGCGCUGUACGCCUGCACCAAGUGCCACCAGCGCUUCCCCUUCGAGGCGCUGUCUCAGGGGCAGCAGCUGUGCAAGGAAUGCCGGAUUGCUCACCCUGUUGUGAAGUGUACCUACUGCAGGACCGAGUACCAGCAGGAGAGUAAAACCAAUACAAUUUGCAAGAAGUGUGCUCAGAAUGUACAGUUGUAUGGAACGCCUAAGCCUUGUCAGUAUUGCAACAUAAUUGCUGCAUUCAUUGGGAACAAAUGCCAGCGCUGCACAAAUUCAGAGAAGAAGUAUGGGCCCCCAUAUUCCUGUGAACAGUGCAAGCAGCAGUGUGCAUUUGACAGGAAGGAUGAUCGAAAGAAGGUAGAUGGGAAGCUGCUAUGCUGGCUGUGCACACUGUCAUACAAGCGUGUCCUUCAGAAGACCAAAGAGCAGAGGAAGCACCUGAGCAGCUCUUCUCGAGGCAGCCAUCAGGAGAAGGAGCAGUACAGCCGCCUGAGUGGAGGCAGCCAUUACAACAGCCAGAAAACACUUUCUACNUCUUCAAUUCAAAAUGAAAUCCCAAAGAAAAAAUCCAAGUUUGAGUCAAUCACAACUAACGGAGACAGCUUUUCCCCAGACCUGGCUCUGGAUUCACCAGGCACUGGCCACUUUGCCAUCAUUGCUCAGCUGAAGGAAGAGGUGGCCACUCUGAAGAAGAUGCUGCAUCAGAAGGAUCAGAUGAUCCUAGAGAAAGAGAAGAAGAUCACGGAGCUGAAGGCUGAUUUUCAGUACCAGGAGUCUCAGACUCGGGCCAAAAUGAACCAAAUGGAGAAAACCCACAAGGAGGUCACAGAGCAACUGCAGGCCAAAAACCGCGAGCUUCUGAAACAGGCAGCUGCCUUGUCCAAGAGCAAGAAGUCUGAGAAGUCCGGCACCAUAACGUCUCCCUGAAGACAUGAGCAGGCUCCCAGCACCAAGCCCAUACUCCCGGGUCAGGGCUGCUGAGCUGGCUGGUCUCUGGGAAGUGUGCUUCCUACAAAAUCUCUAUAUUUUCUUACCUUACCCUCCUUGUUCUGAUGCAGUGGGCUGAAAGGAACUCCUGGUCUGUGCCCUGUUAUAUGGCUGCAUGCUGAGCGGUUAGGGUCCCAGACCUCCUCCUUUCCUCUUCCCGCUCCCCACCCCCCCCAUGCUCCCCCCUCUCUCUGUUUUAGUACUCUGUUUUCCAUAGUAGUCACUGCUCAGUGUCACGUGCAGAGUGUCUGUCCACCAUCACACCUGCCAUCCCCGUGAGCAAGCAGUCUGUCAUCAGCUGUACAUCACUGCCGCUCCCAACCUUGAUACCUGCCACCUGGAGACUCUGUGCAGUGAGGGAGGCUUUUUCUCACCAAUAAACCUUUGGCUUCAGGGUACACUCUUGGGUUUUUCCAGGUAUUUUAUGUAUGACCUUUGUACUAUGUAUAGACAGAGUUUUAUUUAUUUUUUAAAAAGGAACCUUUUCUUGAUAAAGGAAUGAUGGUAGCCUAGCUAGUUCUUGUAAAAGUGAUGCCUCUUUAAAAAACAAACAAACCCAGUCCCGUUUGCUAGCUUUUAGUAAAAGAACGCAAUCUUUUCUUUCUCAUUACCUUAGAGUCUUGAUGCUGAGGUAAUGUUGGAGGUGUACGUGUGGAGCUAAGUGCCUUUUGGAGGACCCCAUGGAAGAGCGUGUGAGGAGAGGCUUAAGGACGGUUGCUGAGUUUGGCCAGUCUGUCUUUAAGUAGGGCAGAAAGACGCUUGUCCAGGUUGUACUGGACACUUCCUCCUCUACCCACCCCUCCUCCUCCUUCUACAUAAUUUUAAAUUCCCACACUGCCACUUCUUUUUUAAAAGUAUUCCUGUUUCUUGCUACAUCAGCUGUCGUACCACGUUGUUAUCACAACCUGGGUCUUUGGUUUUGUUUUUUAACUUGAGCAGAUUCAAGCGGGAUAAGAUGUGAACUACUGUGCAUUUCCGAGGACUGGCAUGGGUUGCUCGGGUGCGGGCUGCACCGUGGGGAGGACCUCACAGUUCCUUCCUUUCUCUCCCUCAUCCCGCGUGCUCCCUGUUCUUAAUGGAAUGUCAAAAAGCACGCGCUUCUGGGAGCGCCCUUGACCCUGUCUGACUCUGUAGUUGUGGGGGAAGGAGCCGUGCUCCUCCAUCUUUGGGAAAGGAACUAGAGAUGGGGAGUAUGUGCUGGGACACAGAGCAAACCCUGCAGUGAGUGCCAGUGGUGCUGGAGCUAGAGUGGAUCCUGAAGGCAGUGACAGUCAGGGUCACUGUUCACCUGCUCUGUAGUCUGGGAUUACAUUCUCCAAAGAGUCACGUGCACACAGGUGAGCAGUGUCCGCACGCGAGUGGCUCUUCCCGACAGGAGAUUCGAAGGACUGUGUUUUUGUAACACUGGUCGGGAGUGCAAUUUUCCCUUCUAAGCAGGGAAAGCUGCUGUGCUAAAUCAUUUUGUAACUUUCCGAAUGAGAGACUUCGGUAAAGAUAAACUAUCGUUAAGUAUUUUUCAAAUGCAUUUGCAUUGGCUGUGGGGAAAAGAUGGUAGAAAAGAAUAACAGCCAUGGUUUCGUCAAUGAAAAGUAAGACUGAGAAAUUGUUGGUGUGGUUUGACAAUAUACAAAGGCUUACUUAGUUUUAUACUAAACCUUUUUUAAGGUCUUAGCAUUUAAUAUUCAGCAAAUCCACACAUUUUCUAAACUACCACGAGCUCCUGAAAGAUAGAGGAACCUCAGUCCUGAAAUGGUGAUUUUUCUUUUUUUUAAAAUCAUGACAGCAUUUUACCAUGUAAUUGAGUAACUUUUGGUAACACCUUCCGUUUCUUUGUAUGUUUGUAAUAAUGGACAUUUUAAAACAUAGGAAUGUUUGGUUUGUACAGACUUUGACAAAUGUGUGUUAAUAAAACUUCAUACUGACUCGGA